CAUAUGUUAUCCUCAUAUCAUAGUUCUAAUAAUCUUUACACUUAUAUUGAUUAUUUCAAUUUCCUUUCAGUUUUUAUCAGAGAGAUGGAGUUAGGGAAGAUUUUCUUGAUUUCUCUUUCGUUGGCUAUGGUAUUUGGGCUAGUUAAUAGCGUGGAGUUUACGGAAAGAGACAUAGCUUCUGAAGAGAGCUUAUGGGAUUUGUAUCAGAGAUGGAGGAGCCAUCACACUGUUUCUCGAGACCUAACCGAGAAACAACAACGUUUCAAUGUGUUCAAGGCGAACGUGAUGCAUGUUCACAAGGUGAACAAGAUGGACAGACCUUAUAAGUUGAAACUCAACAAGUUUGCUGAUAUGACCAACCAUGAAUUCAGAAAUUUUUAUAGCUCUAAGGUAAAACACUUUAGAAUGCUCCAUGGUAGCCGGGCUACUACCGGAUUUAUGCACGACAAGGCUGAUAAUCUGCCAGCAUCCGUAGAUUGGAGAAAGCAAGGAGCUGUUACUGGUGUAAAGGAUCAAGGCAAAUGCGGUAGCUGUUGGGCAUUUUCUACAAUUGUUGGGGUUGAGGGAAUAAACAAAAUCAAGACUGGCCAAUUAGUUUCCCUGUCUGAACAAGAGCUUGUUGAUUGUGAAAAGGAUAAUGAAGGAUGCAAUGGAGGACUAAUGGAAAAUGCUUAUGAAUUCAUCAAGAAAAAUGGAGGAGUAACAACUGAGAGGCUAUAUCCUUACAGAGCUAGAGACAGUCGCUGUGAUUCUUCAAAGAGUAAUUCCCCGGUGGUUAAUAUCGAUGGACAUGAAAUGGUACCUGAAAACGACGAGGAUGCUUUGGUGAAAGCUGUUGCCAACCAACCAGUAUCUGUUGCUAUUGAUGCUGGUGGUUCCGAUCUGCAAUUUUACUCUGAGGGAGUGUUCAGUGGAUCUUGUGGCACAGAGCUAGACCAUGGGGUAGCAGUUGUGGGCUAUGGAGCAACACAUGAUGGGACAAAGUACUGGAUAGUGAAGAACUCAUGGGGAACUGAAUGGGGAGAACAAGGUUAUUUCCGGAUGCAACGAAGUAUCGUUGCUGAAGAAGGGCUCUGUGGCAUUGCCAUGGAAGCUUCAUAUCCAGUCAAGUUAUCCGCGGACAAUCCAAAACCAGCCCCCUCUAAGGAUGAACUCUAGAUUGGUUCAAGUAUCUCUGCUUUACAGCGUUGCAUGCUAUAGUAUUUCGAAAAAAAAGCAAGACAUAUAUGUAAUCUAUCAGUUCUAUUAUAUUGGUUUGCAUGAAUAAAAUGCUUUCUUCCAUGGGGUUGCAAACGUU